AUGCAGAAACUCAAAAGACGAUCAUCCAGAAGUAAUAUUCGUGAAGAAAGUAGUAAAAAAAUUAAACAAAAUUUAUCAGAUGAAAGCAAACGGCGUCUCCUACAGACAGUGAAUCUUCAUAAGCUGGACUUUGGUUUGGAAAAAAUAUGUUCGGUUACUUUAUCGAAGUUAAACGUCUAUUGUUGUUUGGUAUGUGGGAAAUACUUCCAAGGCCAUAAUGAAAAAAGUCCUGCAUUUUUACAUUCAAUUAAUAAUAACCAUAAUUUAUUUUUCAAUUUGUACACAUCUGAUUUUAUUAAAUUACCAGAUGCCAUAUUAAUCGAAGGGGAUCACGAACCCCUCCUAGAAAGUAUAAAAGCUGCCUUUUUCCCAAAGUAUUCUCAUGAGGAGAUAGUUGCGUUCCCUAAGAAAUGCAAAGACUUGAAUAAAAGGUUAUAUGUCAAUGGGUUCGUCAGAGUGACAAAUUCUUCUAGUUUGGAUCACCUAAACGUGAUACUGUUACUGUUGAGCCACGUUACGCCACUUAGAGACUGGUUAUUAUUAUCUGAUGUGAGCGCUGAGAGUACGUUCGUUCAAGGCCUAUCCAACAUUGUUAGGAAGAUUUGGUCACCGUACUUAUUUAAAAAUCAUGUUUCAGCAGAUGAAUUUGCAGAUUUUUUAACAGUUCAGAAUUUGAUCAACAAGCUGCGGAAUGAUCCCGCUGACCUUCUUAUAUGGAUGUUAAACUUUAUGGCCUUCGACUCUAAAGCACUAAAACGUAUUCUUCAUGAAUCGUGUCAGGGAAAAAUCAACUUCAAUACAAGAAAAACUUCUCAAAUACUCCCCUUUUGGAAGCUUUCCUUAGAUUUACCCGUAAAUUCCAUCCUGAAAGAGGGACAAAACGCUAAUAAUUUACACCACGUGGAUUUACAUGAUCUUUUGAGAAAGUUUACUUCCAAAGGGAAUAGUAAUAGUAAGAAUUAUAGUCUAGAAAAACUACCUCAUUUUUUAGUUUUGCAUUAUAAUCGAUUUGAUUUUAAGUCAGAAUACCCAGUUAAAAAUAGAAACCAGAUACUAGUUCAAUAUCCUUCUGUCCUGAAAUUAAAAGAGGUUGAGUAUGUCUUGCAAGCAAAUGUCGUACAUUAUGUUAAAAGAAACCCUAACAUAUCUAAGAGACAAUUGGCGCAAGACGACGUAAGUAAUUGGAAAAUCCAGCUUUGCAAUGAGCUAACUAAAAAAUGGAUUGAGAUUGAUGCUAAUCAAACAACAAAUAAAGAUGCCGAGCUCUUAUUCCUCAAUGAAACAUACCUUCAAGUUUGGAAGAGAACGAACCCAUAA